GCGCGAAGGGCUGCGGGAUGGUGCCAUGGCGCGGCCGGCCGGGGAGGAGGCGCAGUCGCGGCGGCGGGAGAGCCCGACAGCCAGCCGGCUGCUGGUCUCCUUCCAGUACGUGCACGUGCAGCUGGGGGGCGGCGCGCCCUGGGGCUUCACUCUGCGCGGCGGGCUGGAGCACGGCGAGCCCCUCAUCGUCUCCAAGGUGGAGGAUGGCGGGAAGGCAUCCUUGUCGCAGAAGAUGCGCCCUGGGGACGAGCUGGUGAACAUCAACGGGACCCCGCUCUACGGCUCUCGGCAGGAGGCUCUGAUCCUCAUCAAGGGCUCUUACCGCACACUCAAGAUGAUCAUCAGGAGGAGGAACGUGCCCGUCAUCAGGCCUCACUCAUGGCACCUGGCCAAGCUGUCCGAGGUCCGGACUGAGACCGCCACCAUGCACUUCCCUGCGGAUGCCUUCAGCCUCUCCUGGCACUCGGGAUGUGACACCAGCGACCUGCCCUUGCCGUGGAACCCACUGUCACGCCACUGCAGCACCGACCAGAGCAGCUCCCUCGGGAGCAUGGAGAGUCUGGACCAGCCAGGCCAGACUUACUACGAGGGCAGCCUCUCCCCCAUCGACCAGGCCAUGUACCAGAACAAGCGCGACUCUGCCUACAGCUCUUUCUCAGCCAGUUCCAACACCUCUGACUCUGCUUUGAGACCCGAGGAGAGCAGCUCUGCUGAAUACAUCCAGCAAGGCCAGUUGCCAGACCCCCGCUACCUGCAGACGAGCAGUGAAGGUAGCGAGGCAUCAGGGGCAGCAAGCCUGCCUUCCCUGGCCAGCCAGCUCAAUCCUGGCACAAGGCCAGCCUCCUGCACUCAGGAAAGUCACUUUCCCAGCUCCACCAAAGCCUUUGCCCCUCCCCAGCCCCCUGUAAGGCAGGACAGCCUGCGCGCUUGUAACCCCUCGUCAGCCAGCACGGAGGCACGGGGGGCCUUGCCCCAGGUGGAGUCUCUGCACCCCAAGGGCAGGUGGACCUCGGACACUUCUCUCUGUGUGCGUGCCAGGGACCCUCAAGGGACCAGCGGGCAGUCGGCCUCUGCCAACCCCACCAAAGAAUCUCUGCCCACUGACCAGUACUAUCUGCUGAGCUCCCACGCAGACAGAAGCCUACCCCUGGAGAGGGGAGCACAGAGCAUGGAAUCGCUCUUGAAUGAGGAGGGUGGCGUUCCCUCUCCGGAAGAGGCUGCCCAAUGUGCAGACAGCCAGGCUGAGCUGGGCAGCCCUAACAUCUGUCCCUCGUCUUGGAAGGACUGUUGGUCAGGACAGCUGGCUCACCGGCACAGUGCCCCGGAGCGACUGCUGGCUGCCCAGUUGCAGGCUCUGAAUGUGUCCCAUAGCCAGGAGGGGCCCCACUGGACCGUUUCACCACUCCAUGCAGACAGCAAAAGUCCCGGAGCCCGGGAGUCGCGGCGGACUCAGGGCCAUGGCUGCCAGAGCUCUCCUGGUCAAGCACAAGAGCUGGGUCUUUGUCCGGUGCCAGGGGAAGGAUCUUGGUCUCCCAAGAGUUGCCCCACAGUUCUAGAGAGGCCCAGGAGCACUUCACUUGAGCUGACCUCUUCCCUGCCCGUGCCGCCUUCUGGUGAUGCUGGCCCAGGCCCCAGGGCAGUGCCCAGUACGGAUACUUUGACUGAAGGGGGACAAGUCGGCGAAGGGAGCCAGCCCACCACAAGGAAGGGAGGCUCAGCUCAGCACCGCUCAGCACAAAUGCGCCGGCGUAGCGACCGUUUUGCUACCAACUUGCGCAAUGAGAUCCAGUGGCGCAAGGCCCAGCUCCAGAAGGCCAAAGGCUCUGCCGUGCUCCUGUGCGGGGAGGAAACGGUGCAAGAGAUGGAGGAGCCCCCAGACAGCCCCGCUCCUGCCCUCUCUCCUCCCCCACCUCCCUCUGCCCCUGCUCCUGCAGCCCUCCUAGCGGAGAGGAGGCCGCACAGAACAGUCGGCCCUAAGCGCUGGGGCUCUGAGCUGAGUGUGUUGCAGGGAGAGGCUGCUCCCCAGAGCCCCAGCAGGGGGCAUCCAGAGCCCAAAUGGAAGGCCCCAUUGCCCGAGCCCGAGAAACCCCAGGCAGCUCUGCCGUUGCUAUCUGGGGGAAGAGGUCGCUGGCGGUGGUCUCCGGAGCACAAAUUGCAGCCACACUCUCAGAGCCCCCAGGCAGCUGAGCCAGGCUCGCCAUCGCGGCUUUUGGAGGAAUCCGGCCUUCUGCCUUUUGCUGACAGGCGGAAGUUCUUCGAAGAGACGAGUAAGGCACCAGCCUCAGCACAUGUGGCCUCCCGCCAUGGCAGGCCUGGAGGUUGGCAUCCCAGAGGGGUGGAACAAAACACUUUCCAGCCAGUGAGUUCAGAGCACAGGGACCAGCGCCGGCACUCUAUGGACCAUUCCUAUGGCCCUCCAUCCUCGCCUCUCAUCUACCCGGAUUUCCAACCAGACAUGACCGGGUUUUACAAGCCAAUGGCCCGCCACAGGGACUGUGAGUGUUGGCGGUCCCUUCCCUGUGCUUGUGCGACCCGAGAAGCCUGUGUGUACUGCUGUGGGGAGAGGUGCCCCACUUUGCUUCAGAGGAGUGUUCCGGUGCCAUCCAGCCACUGUACCCACCACUGCCAUCCUCACCCCUGGGCCCGCCGCAGUGACUGCUGCUGCCCAGCUCAGCACAAGCUCUUGGAGGAAGGGGGUCCUUGGCAAGUCAGGAAGACCUACUCACCGGAAUUUCCAGUGGAUGAAUGGGAGCCUCCAGCAAUAAAUAGAAAAAGCAGCCAGUCAAUGAGUGAGCUGGCGCAACAGAAGAUGGGCUUUUUGAGGGCCAGCCCUUUCUGGCCACGCUCAGAAAAUGACCCAGAGUGGGCUCCUUUCUGCCGGGCUUUGUCCACUCACAGCCUCUCUUGGGACUGCGAGAGGCCUAGCCAAAUGGAGGGGAGCCCAACCUAUGAGGAGGGUGCCUCUGAACUACGCAAGCAUCCACUCCGUGAAAGGGCGUAUUCCGAAAGCCAUCUUUGUGGAGAGUCGGGCAGCGCUUCCAGAAGAGAGAGGCAAGAGGCCUCGUUGGCCAAGUUGGAGGAGUUGCCUCGAGCAGCCAAAAAGAAGGGCCCGCCCCCUCCACGCCCCCCACCCCCAAAGUGGGAGAAGUACCGCCCCCGUCGAGCCUCCCACCACCAGCUGCUUCCCACUGAGACUGGCCUGUCAGCAGUCCCAGAAGACUCUUGCAGCACAGACGACAUGGCCAGGCAGCGGUCUCAGAGCCUGCCCCUGGAGCAGGUCUGGAGUGAUGCAGCCCAGGAGCCCCACCCCAGGCCUCGGGGAUCCCCCUCGCCAGUGGACCGUGGCCACCUGCACUACUACUGCCAUGGCUCCCCACGUGGGACUCCAGAGUGGCCAACCCCAGACUUGAGUGGAGAGAGCGACUCCUCCAGGCCUGCAAGUUCCCUGGCAGAGGAAGCCAAAACAGAGCCCUUGUGGGAUAAGGAGCAGAAUGCAGUGCCUAGCAGAGGCCCAGAGCAGCCACGGGCUAGCCCCUCCAAUCUGCGAUCCAAGGAAUAUGAGUCUGCGCAAGAGGCUGCUGGAGAAGAGAACUGCCACCUGGGCACGGCAAGCCCAGGGCCACCCUUCCGCCUGAAUUCGGAGGAGCUGAUGAGAGAUGUGGUGGGCAGGGACCGCUCUCUGGCUGCUGUGCUGAAUCCAGCCUCAGGUCUGGUGACAGCAGCCGAGGUGAUGAAUGACCUCUUCUCCCCAAGCGAGGACAACAUGUGGAAGGGGCAAGACUGGCAAGCACAGGUGGCUGGCACUGGAUUUCCCGAGAGGCAUCCAGUUCAGCCUGCCUCCCCAACCUCAGGGGGCACCUCCUGCUCAGCCUAUUACAACCUGUCGUCUGGAAAGGCCGAGCUGCUCAACAAAAUGAAAGAGCUGUCGGGAGCCAGUGCAGAGGAAGAGGAGCCGGACCACGAUCUGGCCCGGAAGAAGGUUCAGCUGAUCGAAAGCAUCAGUCGGAAGCUGGUGGUGCUGCAGGAGGCACAGCGAGGCUUGCAGGAUGACAUCAGUGCCAAUUUAGUCCUGGGCAAAGAAGUGGAAAGUCAUGUCAAGGGAGUCUGCAAGCCUCACGAAUUCGAGAAGUUCCGCCUGUUCAUCGGAGACCUGGACAAAGUGGUCAACCUGCUCCUUUCGCUCUCGGGGCGACUGGCCAGGGUAGAGAAUGCCCUAGGCAACCUGGACAAUGAUGCCCCAGAGGACGAAAAGCUGGCCCUCCUGGAGAAGAAGCGACAGCUGACAGCCCAGCUAGAGGAUGCCAAGGAGCUGCAGGAGCACGUUGCGCAGCGGGAGCGUGUGGUCUUUGCCAGUGUGUCGCGCUGCCUGCCCAGUGAGCAGCUGCAGGACUACCAGCAUUUUGUGCGCAUGAUGUCGGCGCUGGCCAUCCAACAGCGGCAGCUGGAUGACAAGAUCAAGCUGGGCGAGGAGCAGCUCCGCUGCCUGCGUGAUAGCCUGCGCCGGGUGCCCCAGGACUGCUAGCCAAGCCUCGCUUUGCGGCCACCAGGAGAGUUUUUAUCAGAAGGAACAGCUGGGCCUCCCACGUGCCAAAAGAGUCCCCCUUGGAGAGUUGCCAGUUGCCAUGCCUGUCAUGGAUCGUUUGCCAUCUGCUGUCUUCUCACUCUCAGGAUAAUCCUCUUUGCCAAAGACUGUGCCAUGCCAAAUAACUGCAUCACCUUCUUCUAUAGCCAAGAAGAGGAAGGGCUCACCAAAGUGCUCUUUGCUAAGACACAGACCAUGUGACUGGAAUGGAUUGUUGCAUCUGCUCAGGAACAAGAUGGUGGGAUUCCUGGAGCCACAGUGGAGUGAUGAUGAGGCAGUCCAAGCUUCCUCCACCUCCUUCCCAGUCUUCUCUAGGUAGCAGGCUGUACCAGGAAAACCAGCUGCCUUCAGCUCCAGUGGUAUCCACCUUGCCAAGCAGAGGACAAAGGCAUCCUGUGAGCAAUUGUAGAAUCACAGCCUGGCUGUGGAGACCCUGUCCUUGUUUCAUGUGUCUGCUACACUUCGAGCAUUCCAUUUCUCCUGUUCCAGUUCUAUUUAUUUUUCUACCUAACAGUUUUUGUAAAAAAGAAUUAAGGAUUUGUGUAAGGUGGCAGGAAUAGUGACUGACCCUGUAUUGCUUUCACAUAGAAGCCAUUCACCCCCAACUUACAAUGCCAGUAGCAACCAGGACUCCAGUCCUUUGGCCUAGGAGGGUUUUUCCACACCUGAAGGGAUCUGUUCAGGCAGAGUGGAAUUUAACCCAAGUGGAAUUUAAACAAUGUGCAGAACCUGUGAUUCUCUCUCCCAUUGGGUCCAGCAAGGCCUUUUGUAGUGCCGUGAUCCAAAGCGGCUCUCCUAAGUUCAGGGGGAGGAAAAGUCUCUCCAGCUCCUCUUCCCCCUUCCAGCUCCUCUGAGCCAAUUUUUCCCAUCAGAGUCCAGGGCAGGGUAGCAUUUUAGGCCUUCUCAGCUGGUUACUCAUUUCCCCUAUUUCCAUGUAGGGGCAAAGUUUAAAGACUGUGUGUACAAUCAUCCAUCCUGUGAAGACUGGGCACGUCUGUGAGCUCGAAGGGGGGCUGGAGCCCACACUUUCCACGCAACAUCAAGAGAGGCUCUUGUGCUUCGCAGAUCCCUUGAGCUGAGGUGUGGGUAAUCCCAGCCCCAGAACCAAAGCCAUUUCCUUACCAUUCAGAUGAAACCGUUAUCAAGAAGUAGUAUUCAUUGCUGUGCCAUCUGUGAGCCUGGGUCCUGCCCUCUCCUCCUCUGCCAUGCGGGUGUGGCUGGAUCCCAGAAAGUUCUUUCUAGGUUUGAAGUAGAUGUCUGUUAUGGAGCAUGGGGACCUUUGGUUAGAGGCUUUCGGAACUGUUGGGCGACUCCAUGCAGGAGGAGCCAGCCAGGCACAGCCUUGUGUCUGCAUUAGCCCCUUGUGCUUUAAUGUACCCCAAGAGAUGAGCCACCCUUUUGGGUACAAAUCCCAUUUGUUGGCCCCUCCUUCUUUUCCCUGUGUUUCUGGAGAAGCUGACCUUUCUCCUUACUGGGGAUAUUCUGGGUUCACUGUGGGGCUUAAGGAGUUAAUGAGGCUUGUCUCUCCCCUCCCCCCCUCCACCAAAAGAAUGUGCUGGGCCCCUGCCACAGAAAUUCCACCUCAACAUCCUCUUCCUCUCCAUUGUCUUGGAAACAAUGUUGGAAGGCUGAGCUCCUCUCUUUAACCCCCUGGGUGCUCCGCUGCCCAGAGAUCGCUGUCUGGCUGCAAGUUCUCCUGGCAAUCAGAAAGGGGGGGGGGAGAUCCUCGCAGCUGGCACAGUCAAAAGCCACCCACACCUUUCAACCUUGGGGUUGCUUUCUCAGCAGAGCCUCUGUUGUUGAAGUCGCUUUGAUAGAUACAGUGGAGACCCCUCGAUGGAAAAAUAGCACUUAACACUUGAAAAGGGCUGGAAGUCAGGGCUUUCUGGUUUGCAGCCAGGCAAACUCUGUUUUCAAGCCCUCGCCUUUUAAAGGACUACUUCACUCACCCCUUGUAAGAUGUUCCUCUUCUUCUCCCCUCACUCCAUUUGUCAUCACAGCAGUAAGGGUUCAGCUAGAUUAGAUGCAAAUGGCACGGGUGGAUUGAUCUCACCCCCUCCCCGCACUGUUUUACGAUGCAAAUCUUUUUCCUCCCUAGAGCUACUCUUUGCCCUAUGGUGGUGGGGAGGGGGGGGAGCCAUGCAGUUAUACCAGGCAGGUGUGCCCUCCUGUGUCCUCAGCCAGGUCUUUCAACACAUCUGCUUGGAGAUCUUUAGCUAGCUUUGCACAGGCAAGUGUCAAAACUGUCUAGACAAAUCUGGCUGCAUUUUGGCCCGGAGGAUAGAGAGUUUGAAUAAAAACAACAAUCCCAAACCUCCUUUAUGCAAGCCCAGCUCUGAACAGCCCAGGGACUGCAGGGAUGGCAGCACUGUUCAGCCCUGGGCAAGGCAGGGGCAGCAGGCAGGUCUGGAACAGCUUCCAUCCCCUGCCCCACUGGAGAGGGCUGUUCUUCUCAUCUGUAUUUGAUGGAGCAGCAGGUUGAGGGGGCACAACACAGUUGUUUGCUUUCUGGCAUCAACCAUUCCAGAAGCCCCUUUGCAACGGAACACUUCCUUUCCAGGGCUGCCUUUGCACUAAACAAAGCCCAGCCUGUUUGCUUUAUUCACCCCUCCCCUCUCAUUCAGGGCUCUGGUCACUGCCCUUUGGCAUCUAGUCCAAGGUUUUCCUCCACCCCAAGUUGCUUGUAUGUUUUGCGCAGAAGUCGAUUCCUGGUGUUUGCAAUCUCUAGGGAAGGUUGAACUCCUCUGUCUUCUGCCUGGCCUUUUAAGAAAACUGAAUACUUCCCUUAAUGUUACAUUUUGAACAGCACUUAAACAUCCUGGUUUUUGGCCCCUGUGUGGCAUUGCAGGCUUCUCUUGGCACCUUGCAGUUGUGCUGCUCCCUGCCUCGCUCUCUGCUGCUUGCAUGGCUGGAAAUAAGCGCUGAAGCUUUCAGUGAAUGGGGCAGAUUGCCCCAUUUCCCAGCCCAUGGAGUUCUGUGGAUCUCACCAGAAGCAGCUGCCCCCUAAUCCAGGGCCCAGCAUUCCUCCUCUUGCUGCCAUCCAAAAACUGCUAUCCUGGAUUUAGGCAUAAGGCUGUGUGGCUUUCUCAUUGGUCUCUUCAGAAACUAGCGGAAUGCACCACUUUUAAUCUCCUCCUUUACAUAGUGGGUUUGAGGUUGUCAUCUGGUGCAGCCGGGCAUGAGCUGAGGCUUCAUCUGACUUUUGCUGCACCACUUCCUCCACCAGAAGCCCCAUCUGUCAUCGGCUGGGAUGAAACUCUUGUGGGAAAGGGCCACAGGCCUCCUGUGAACCAAAACUGUGAAAAGGGAGCCUGCAUCGUGGCUGUACUGCUCCCCCUCCCCUCUCUCGCAGCUGCCUUUUGUGUGGCUGCUGGGUCUCUUCCCCCACCCCAAGCCAGAGUGCAAACUAGGCAAGGCAAUAUCAGUCCAAAUUCAGGUUGUGGUAGAAUAUGUAAGUUUUCACACAACAGGAUUCUUUGUCAGGUGGGAUGAAAACUGAUGAAAAGUCCUGUGUAUACUUCAGAUUACCUACAUCUUUCUUUUGAGGGCUGCCAAGAGGAGAUGGGUUUCACCUCUUCAAAUAUGAAAGUAUUAGACCACACACACUUACCUAUGCUGCCCCCCCCCGCAUCCUGCCAUGCAAGGUAGGCUGCAUCUCCAUGCCAAGGCCAGCUUUUUCUUUGCACAUUGAGAGUCCCAAGUGCCAACUCUGUAUGUUGCUAUGUUAUUAAAUGCAUAUAUUGCUGGGUGUAAUUUUGUGCUUUCUACACACUAAAGAAAUCAAUGGUUGCUGUCCGGCAUUUCCACAGCAGGGCUUUUUCAGUAGCGUUUCUGAAGCUGUCUCUUGCCAUUUGACUGUUCUGUUUUGGCGCUGCCUCUACAGCUCAUGCCUUGGGCGUGGGUGCCAUUGUAGGGAGGGAGGGGAAAGGGGCAGCGUCACUUCCAUUAAAUGGUGCUAAUGAUAAGA